AUGAGCCUCGACGACCUUCGUCCUGCCAACUCGAAAAAGGCACGCGACAACAGCGUGAAUUCUUUCAUGAGAUUCCUCACGGAAGAAGACGUGUCUAUUGAUUCGGUAGACAAAGCGAUACGCAGUGACACAACAACAGGUGUGACACUGAUUGUGCUGAUGGGCCGCUUUGGCAUUCACUUGACCGGGUUAACGGGCAAAGAUGGAAAGCCGAGUGCACGAACCCAGCCGGCCAGGGACAGCACCUUGCUUGCAAAGGGACGCACACUUGAGAAGUACAGCGGCAUGUGGCCUGGAGGACGAAUUGCAAAACAAGCGCCGGCAUGCAAGAAACAAGACUUGCAUUCCCUUAUGAGCUAUCUCUACCGCAUCACCAGUGCGACGCUCGAAAGUCAGAGUAUUUCGCUGUGUGGGGAAAACAUAUUUUUCGUGCGAUUUCUACGAAUGAAAACAUUAGAAGAGCAAGCAGCCUCCUUGGUACUUCAGCGUGCUCCCAGUUCGGCAUUGCCGUCGCAUCUUCCGCAACCUACAGCGUGUGACUUUGCCAUCAAUGGCCCACUCGUAACUCUGUCAACUGUAUUGGCGGGCGACACCGCGGGACGGAGUCUGUUUGACGAAACCGCGGCGGAAGACAAGCAAGGUAUCCAUGCCUAUGUCAACCGUGUCCUCAGCCGUAUGUUACCUGGAGCCAAUGUUACGACCAACAUGACGUCGCACUCGUUCCGGCGUGGUGGAGCUCAGUACAUCAAUGGGAAGGCUGGGAUUUCGCCGCACUGGAUAGCGGACCGCGGGAACUGGAACAUGUCCGCUACGAACAAGCUGUUCACGUACAUCGUCAACACAACAGAAGACGAUCAAAAAUUUGCGAAGUUACUUGGAGGCCACGAUGCGGACGCAAAAAUGACCCCACUCUUGUCUAACUUCGACGCCACACGGCGAGGGAAGAUCGACUUCUUCAACCCCCACUUGUUCAGCGCCUGCACGGGACUAUCCAACACUCUGCUCAACGACAGUCCUCCGGUUAUGGAUAUCCUGUGCGCUUACCUAAUCAAGGCAUUGCCCCUCUUCCAAUCAAUGAAGCCAGAUUCGCCCCUUGUGAAGCGAGUUGACCAAGCCAUGGCAGCGUCCGGUGUUGAUCUUGCAGAGAUGGCGUCUUGGUCUAUCCACUUGGCACAAGUUCAAACAAUCAACACCUCAGAGCAGGAUGUUCCAAGCUCAAAGUACCUCCGAAUGAUCGAGCACCAGGCAGAUGUGAUCGACCAGUUAAUCAACCACACAAAAACAAUGUCCGAACGUCUUCGAGACUUCGAGCGACAGGUUGGCUUGAAAACGUCUCCAGUGAGUCUUGACCUACCAAGUCACUGCUGCCGAGAGUAUGAGGAAGAAAAGCCAGCAAAGCGCCGCAAGCGCAAGAACUCCUGUCUCUGUGAGUGUUGGUACGACUGGUUUGCAAACCACGCGCACUCCACCGAACUCGACAAGCAGUGGAAAUCCACGAUGCGGCGCUGCGUUACCUACACGCUUUUGUUUGCCGACAAUCUUGACGUGGACGAGAGAGAAGCCACCUACCGUGACACCGUUCUGAUGAUGGUCACAUUUCUCGCAGCAAAGGUACUUGCGUUUCUUGUGGAGCGCGGUGCGUCGGCAGCUACGCACACUUCAUAA